AUGUACGAGCGGAACAAGCGCGAGGUGGCCGAGGCCUUCCGCAAGGCUGCAGCCGAGGAUCCAAGCAUGGCCGAACUGGUCCGGGAGCACAAGGCUUUUUCCGCACGUAUCAAGGGCGUGCGCAAGCUGACAAAGGAGCAGACCGACCGGAUGGCACAGUUGUAUGCGAGUAUGGUGGUAGCUGCAGAGCACGAGUUGCACGAGGUCAAGCAAGCUUUUGCCAUCGUUCAUCUGUUCGAGGCUGAUCAGGAGAUGGACGGCAAGCUCUCCCCCUACGCCCGUGCCAUCCGCAAGGCAUUUACCUUUGUCACCGCCUCUAACAAGGCCAAGAGUGUUGACAUCCUCGACAUCUUUGUCGUUGCCUCCAAGCAAGUCCUCAAGUGGCUCGGUGAGCUGGACCACGCCGAGUUCUCCGAGUUCUCCGACCUCUCAUCGUGGCAGCUCCAGCUCCAGCUCCAGCUCCAGCUCUAG